CACUGGAAGCUCCCAAAAUUCCCCGCUUAAAAAGUUGACCUGGGCCACUAUUAAUACACCUCAUAAUCCCCUCAUUAUUUACAUACAUAUCUCAACACCAAGCAAAUUAAGCACACCUCCCCUUAUAAUAAUAAUAAUAAUAAUAUUAUUAUUAUUAUUAUUAUUAUUAGAUUUCUCAAUACCAAGCAAAAUCUAUACACGUCUCCUCUAUUCUCUUCUCUCUCCUCUCUCUCUCUCUCUCUAUCUCUCUCUCUCUAGAGCACAUAUAUCGAUCGAUCUCCAUGAGCUUCUUGAGCAUGGUGGAGGCAAAGCUGCCUCCCGGGUUCCGGUUCCACCCGCGGGACGACGAGCUCAUCUGCGACUACCUCGCCCCCAAGAUCGGCAAGGACACCAAAGGCGGCGGCGGCGGCGGCGGCGGCUUAUUCUGCGGCUGCCCCGCGUUGGUCGCCGUCGAUCUCAACAAGUGCGAGCCCUGGGACCUGCCUGAAACUGCAUGUGUGGGGGGGAAGGACUGGUACUUCUACAGCCUGAGGGACCGUAAGUACGCGACGGGGCUGCGGACGAACCGUGCGACGCUGUCGGGCUACUGGAAGGCCACGGGGAAGGACCGGGCGGUGUCGCGGCGCAGGGCGCUGGUCGGCAUGCGGAAGACGCUCGUAUUCUACCAAGGCCGGGCCCCCAAGGGCAAGAAGACUCCCUGGGUCAUGCACGAGUUCCGCAUNGCCCCUUAA